AUCAGAAUAAAACCACCAGGCAGGGCAGCAUGGUGCAGUGUGUAUGCUGGGCUGGGUGUGUGAGUCUCGCGAGGGUGUGUGAGUCUCACGAGGGUGUUGGUAGAGUGUGUUUGACUUGGGGGGCUUGAGGGACAGCUGGUGUUCAGGGUUGUGGCUGUGAAGAAUGUGAGAGGGUUUCUGAACAUCCUCGAUUUGAGGGGUGGACAAUGGAACGGCGGCCUUCUCAUGCUUUCUCCCUCACCCCAAGGCAGGCGUGGCUGACCAGAACGCCCUGGGAGGCAGGAAAUAACCUCCUCAGCAAGCACAGUGAGGAUGUGGUCUGGUGAGAUGCCAGCGCUGGAGUGCUGUGGAGGAAGCAGCAGUUGUUUUUAACCUUUAAUUUUUCAGGCUCUACCCUGAGAGGCCACCCUUGGUUGCUGGGAGCCCCUGUGCUGGGCCUUCUCUUCCUGUCAUCUUCCAGAAACAACCUGCAGUCUGAGAGGUAGAAGAUGCCUCACUCCAGCCUGCAUCCAUCCAUCCCACAGCCCAGGGGUCUUAGGGCCCAAAAGGCAGCCUUGGUCCUGCUAAGUGCCUGUCUGGUGGCCCUUUGGGGCCUGGGGGAGCCACCAGACUACACUCUCAAGUGGUUGGUGCUCCACCUGGCCUCCCAGCAGAUGGGACUGCUGAUCAAGGGGAUCUGCAGUUUGGCCGAGGAGCUGCGCCACGUCCACUCCAGGUACCACGGCAGCUACUGGAGGGCUGUGCGGGCCUGCCUGUGCUCCUCCAUGCGCUGCGGGGUCCUGCUGCUGCUGUCCUGCUAUUUCUACUGCUCCCUCCCAAACAUGGCUGGCCUGCCCUUCACUUGGAUGCUUGCUCUCCUGGGCCUCUCACAGGCACUUAACAUCCUCCUGGGCCUCCAGGGCCUGGCCCCAGCAGAGGUCUCUGCAAUCUGUGAAAAAAGGAACUUCAACGUGGCUCAUGGGCUGGCCUGGUCAUAUUAUAUUGGAUACCUGCGGCUGAUCCUGCCAGGGUUCCCGGCCCGGAUCCAAAUUUACAAUCAGUUCCACAACAACACGCUACAGGGUGCAGGGAGCCACCGGCUGCACAUCCUCUUCCCGUUGGACUGUGGGGUGCCUGACGACCUGAGCGUGGCUGACCCCAACAUUCGCUUCCUACAUGAGCUGCCCCAGCAGAGUGCCGACCGUGCCGGCAUCAAAGGCCGGGUUUACACCAACAGCAUCUAUGAGCUUCUGGAAAAUGGGCAGCGGGCAGGCGUCUGUGUCCUGGAAUAUGCCACCCCCUUGCAGACCCUGUUUGCCAUGUCACAGGAUGGCCGAGCUGGCUUUAGCCGGGAAGAUCGGCUGGAACAAGCCAAACUCUUCUGCCGGACACUUGAAGACAUCCUGACAAAUGCCCCUGAGUCUCAGAACAACUGCCGCCUCAUUGUCUACCAGGAACCUGCAGAGGGAAGCAGCUUCUCCUUGUCACAGGAAAUUCUCCAGCACCUUCGGCAAGAGGAAAGGGAGGUUACCAUGGGUAGCACAGAGACCUCGGUGAUGCCCAGUUCCUCUGUACUGUCCCAAGAGCCUGAGCUCCUCAUCAGUGGCCUGGAAAAGCCUCUCCCGCUCCGCUCGGAUGUCUUCUGAGGCCCCAGUCACCUUUCCUGAGCACCUGGCCAACCUGAGACUCUGAAAGGAUUCCUUUCUUCAGCAGCUGGAGGCCUGCUGCUGCUGCUAAGUCGCUUCAGUCGUGUCCGACUCUGUGCCACCCCAUAGACAGCAGCCCACCAGGCUCCCUUGGCCCUGGGAUUCUCCAGACAAGAAUACUGGAGGGGGUUGCCA